GGCUACCUCAGUACGCGGCGACGACGUGCUUGGCAGGCAUCACGCUCCACCUUCCCCACAGCCAAUCUACAUAGCGGUGAAGCUGAUGUUUGCUGCUGUCAUCUUCAUCACGUAUGCCCUGCAGUUUUAUGUUGCCAUGGAGAUCAUGUGGCCGCCACUGAGAAACAGGAUUGCUAACGAAGAUAGACAUUUGGUCUGGGAACUGAUCUUUCGUGUCAUUCUGGUAUCACUCACGUUUCUUCUGGCGGUGGCCAUCCCAGACCUGAGUCUGUUCAUCUCGCUGGUUGGUGCCGCAGCAAGCAGUUCUCUCGCUCUGAUUUUCCCUCCGAUUCUCGACGUGGUAGCGUUUUGGGAUGAGAUGAGCAGCCUUCGAUUCAUUAAGAACUUCCUGAUCCUGAUCUUUGGACUCGUAGGUUUCAUUACCGGCACAGCGGUAUCUAUACAGCAGAUCAUACGGACAUUUGCAUAAAGGGUAGUGCACGAGCAAUCUCUAGUGCAUGACUCGAUAGGUCGUAACGUUUCACUUAGGCCUUUGCCGAACAAUGACGGGUUUUACUAGGGACGGGUUCACAAGUGGCCACGUGGCCCUACCAUAAUCUGAUUGGUUUGUAAAGACACGUUACUGCAUCAAAAUUACGACGAUAACUGUAAGGGUCUGCUUGGACUACUAAAAUUAAGUUCGUUUUUAAUGUUGGGUUACUUGGCCGGCGACUGUAACCAAAUCCUAGUGAAAGAGGCUAUUGUGGUGUAGAGACACACAAGUGUAAGACUGCUGCUAAUGUGAUACGCGCAUUAAAAUUAAUUUGAACAGGUCUGAUCUGCUACAUUUUAGUCACAAGCACACGCGCGUGCACACGCACAUGUACGCGCAUGUGUGUGUAUAUAUAUACAUAUAUUCAAGUAUAUGCGUGUAUCGAUAAGGUUCCGUGAAAUUUAUUAAAUGCCAACUUCAGGCAACUAGCAGAGUUAAGAUAAACCAUGCAAUGCUUUUGUAUUACAAAAGUGGAUGAACAUCUUAGGGCUAAACUGACUGAGUGUGUUGGUGUUAGCGGAUGCAUGAUUACAAUAGAUAGAUAACCAAGUCUACUGAUUUUGCAUGAAAAUUUUGUAGUGAAAACUACUACAUUUAUAUGAUUCUGUAUAAUAAAUUGAUGGUAUGCAAACCGUCCAUUAUUGAAAUCCAAGGCCGUAGAUGGGUGAUAUUCUUGAGUCAAGUGACAAACAAGCUGGGUGCUCAAUAAUCGUUAUUUGUAGGCAUGUUUCCUUUCAUCAGAAUUUGUGUAUAAAUGUCAUCAACUGUUCUAUAAUUAUAAUGCUGAUGCUUGAAAACGAGUGUGCAAUUAUAUUUUUACAAGUCAACAAUGUGCAGUGGAAAUAGUAAAUAUUGACUAAAAUUGGUGGCAUGGAGAUUUUAGGUUACCAUCACUCACUAUUCAUAAAUACUUUACCUGGCUCCAAUAUCGCAUAAUGUUCCAUCAAGUAUUUGUAGUCCUAUGUGAUACCAGGAAUUAUUGCUGUAAAUAGCACUGCUUUAACCAGUAUGACUGGGCAGAAUACGUGUAUAUUAUUUUUACUGUGUUGAUAGUGACGCUCAUAGGGUCUAUGUCCCCCAGGGUACUGCCAGAACGUACCCUAG